AAAACACGCGAUUCGGCUGACAGCAAUCGGAACGAUUUGUUCGAAUUGCUAAACACGCUGUUUUGUGUGGUUGGCGCAUUAUUUUUGAAUUUAGCACUAUUUGAUAGUUUAAUGAAAAAUAUAUAAUUAUAUUAAGCCUGAAGCGAAAUGUUUGUGUCAGGUGCGCGUAAGUUUUCUGCCGGUGGCAAAUAUUUUGCCUUCAUCAACGGUCAGGGGAAGUUUAUCAUAUACGAAACCGAAACGAGCAAUGUAGCUCAAGUGUAUACCCCAAAUCUGCAUCUGAACGUUCCGUGCACUUGUUUCACGUGGUUGGAAAUCGGGGCUGCUCCGAGUCAGAGUGCGAAAAAGAAAAAGAAACGAGUCAGCAGCCAGAGCGAGCCGCAGACGUUCGUAGCGUUCGGAACUAGUAAAGGAGGAGUGGCGCUGUAUAGUUUGGCCUUGGCCAAGAUAGAGAAGGUGCUGAAAGGGGCUGGUCAUUCCGGACCGAUCGUGGCCAUAUCCGCUGAUUUGUACGGUGAUUCGUUGUACACAGCCGGGGCUGAUGGCAAAGUGAUCGAAUGGAGCUUGAGCGAAUGCGAGCAGAAAAGCGUCCACAAUUUGGGGGUCGAGAAAUUGAGCUGUUUGGCAAUAGCCGAACAAGGGAAGCUUGUACUGUCGGGUUCUAAGCAACUGAAGGUGUGGAAUACUACUGAAGGAAGGGUAGUUAAAACUCUGGUUGGUCAUACUUCAAACACGAUACUGGUGGAAAAUCUCAUCGGUCCAGAUGAGAAUGUCUAUGUUCUGACGGGUUCUAUCAAUGACCGAAAUGUGUCGCUAUGGUCAUUGGUAGGGGACGGGAGAACUGCGGUUGGAUUAUUUGCGUUGGACGACGCGCCGGAGUAUUUUUCAACAAGAAUAAUUGGCUCUAAACUUCACUUAGUUGCAGUCUCGAGAACUGGAGUGGCACAUUACUACAUCAAAGAUUUGAACAAAAUCAAUGCAAGUAAACCGGUCAAAGCAAAUCACACAUACGAAGUAGCACUAGAUGCAACCGCCGCUAGUUCAAAGGCUGUUGAUCGUUUACCAAUCUUCACCGCAAGCAUCGAGUUCUCAUCCAAUCAAGACCAUUUGUUGGUGGCAUAUGGAACCGAUCUUAGUCUCAAAUUCGAGCAGGUUACCAUUGACAAGAGCCUCAAGCACAACGUGAUAAUACGGACACAGCCAGCUUCGAUUAACCGCAAGGGACAGGAUGAUAAAGAACUUAAGGCGAAAACUCCAUUCGUGGACAACGCGAGCGCAGAAUUUUUGAAUCCGGUGAAUGCCGGGAAGAAGUCACUCAAAACGGUUGAAAUCCCGAUGGAAGCACGAUUGGAAAACUUAGCAUUGUCGGCAGAUGGGGACACAAGUAGGACGAGUCAGAAGAAUAUGGCCCAUUUGCUCAUUCAAGGUUUACAUAGCAAGGAUGCGGCGAUCCUGCGUAGCGUAUUCAGUCGAAAUGAGCCGGAACUCAUCCAGCGAACAGCCGAAAGGAUACCGGCGCAAUAUAUUAGCGUUUUGUUGGAUGAAAUUUCCUCUCUAAUGCAGAAAAAGACGGUUCAUGUUGCAACGGCUGUUUCUUGGUUGAAAGCAAUCAUUCAUAGCCAUGCAAGUCAAUUGAUGGCACUGGGCGCGGACCAUCUUCUAUCGAAUUUGGGUACAUGCUUAGGAAUACUGGAAUAUCGGGUGGAGCACGCCAAUUCGCUGUCAAAACUUAGCGGACGGUUAGAGCUGCUGGUCGGCCAAAUUGAUCGGACGGAGCGUUUGGCGAAGAACCCGGAUGCGAUAGCGAAUAAUAGUCAUGUCUUGGUACACCAGGAAGAUGACGAUUCGGAAGUGGAUUCUGUAAUUGGGAAGGAACGCGACUCUAACGAGUCUUCCGAGGAUGACUUUAACGGUAUGAUCGACGAUGCUGACGAUGACGACCAGGAAGAGGAUGAAGCGGCUGGAAGUUUUGUGCGGUUAAGGAACGGAAACAUCGGCCAAGAAAACGGAUCAACUGCCAGCGAUGAUGAUGAUGAUGAAGAAGAGGACGAAGACGAAGAAAUGAGCGUUUCCGACUAGUUAGUGUAUGUUUUCGAAAUAUAGAUUGUUAAAUAUGGAUCAUA